AUGUUAUCCGAAGCCAUACCGGCCAACACAGUAUACUCACUACUCUCCUAUCUAGAUCCUUCAUCCGUAUCGGCGGUCGCUCAAACGAUAACCCUUUCGUUCGUUGGGGAUCCUCUGAUCCGAUGGUUGCGUCCUAGUGCAGCCCCCUGGUCGACGCAACAGCAUGAGACGAACAAAUGGCAAUAUCGUCGCGUACAACAAGCAAUAUUAGAAGGCAUCGUGCUCCGAUCUACAUCACCGCUACAGCUGGCGGAGGGAUUUCCGACACGUAGUCAGCAAAAAGAUCCCCCAACCUCUAUCGGCGAAAUAAAUGGUGGGAAUAACGGGUCCGGUGCGGGAACGGUGGCUUUAUUAUUUCCCCCAAAGAACCGACAAACAUGGACAUGGAAAAAGAUCACCCUUGCCGUGAAACUGUGGUUUCUGAGCUGGUUAGAUCCGGUCUCAGACAACGGAGCUGACGAAAAGCGCGUCGAAAUCUUGCUUGAUGCACAUGACACGGCGCUGAAGAGGAUCGCAACCCGAUAUAAUAUCCAAGACCCUUGGUAUUUAGAGGUCGUGGCAGUCCAUCCCUCCCUUCAAGGGCGAGGUUUAGGCAAGAUUAUGAUGGAGCGCAUCUUGGACUAUGUGGGCCAUAGGCCAAUUGUUCUGGAAUGUACCGCUGAGCGGAAUGUCGGAUUUUACAGCACACUUGGGUUUGAAGUCAUCGAGGAGGUCGAGUUGGCUGACAGUGGUGGAGCCGUCAGUUGCUGGUUUAUGCUACGGCGAAGCAGUUCACGGUAG